AUGGAUCAUUUGCAUUUGAUUGAUCCUUUAAUAACUGUUGAUGACCUAAUUCACUAUACAAGAGACAGCGAUGUCAAAUUAAGUGGGAAAAACGCUCUUUUCAUUCAAAUCUUCCGAUUAAAAGGUCUAUUAGCAAAAGAUCUUUACAUCGAUCUGUGGAAUUUGGCUUCCCCGGAUCAAAGAAGAGCGUACGAAAAUUUGGCAAAUGACUUCAAUGUCCUUAACAAGGACAAAAAGCGACGUCUAAAUAGACGUAAUAACAAUAAUAAUGACAUGAUAAACGGGUUCAAUUUUCCGUAA